GGGAUGGUCGAAGUAGCAAGUGACUCGUGAGAUACAUUUCUUCCAGGUGAAUCAAACAAACCAUUUCACGGGAGAUAUCUUCAUAAUACCCUUCCAUCAUGCCGCUGACCGACAUUCUGAAUGCCCACCGGCCUGAGCUCUCAUCUUAUGAAGCGUUGUACAAACACUUCCACUCGAACCCCGAACUUUCCAACCAAGAGAUAGAAACAUCGGCCACCAUAGUCAAUCGUCUUUCACAAAUUUCGUCAGACUUUGAAAUCAAGACGAACAUUGGGGGUUAUGGCGUUGCCGCAGUUUUGCAUAAUGGUCCCGGCCCCAUUGUGCUCUCACGGGCCGACAUGGAUGCUCUUCCUAUAGAAGAACGAACUGGUCUCCCAUAUGCCAGCACAAAGCGAGUCGUCGAUGUUCAUGGAAAAGAGCAGCCGGUAAUGCAUGCAUGUGGUCAUGAUAUGCAUAUUACAUGUCUUUUGGCAUACGCUGAACUAAUGGUAUCUGCUCGGGAUUCGUGGCAUGGAACUAUCGUUCUCAUCUUUCAGCCUGCCGAAGAACGAGGGACAGGCGCUCAAAGUAUGGUCGACGAUGGACUAUACGAUUCUAAGAAACACAACAUUCCUAUUCCUGAUGUAGUCUUCAGUGGGCAUGUCGUUCCAGCCCGAGCUGGUGUUAUUGGUAUCCGACCCGGUACGAUGGCUAGUUCUUGCGAUAAUCUCCGUGUGACUUUCCACGGUCGUGGUGGACAUGCUUCUAUGCCUGAGCGUCUUAUAGAUCCCAUUGUCAUGGCGUCUAGUGCCGUCAUGAGGCUACAGACCCUCGUUUCCAGGGAAGUUCAUCCUAGUGAACAUGCAGUCGUUACGUGCGCAAGUUUCAUUUCUGGCUCGACUACUGCAGAAAAUGUGGUUAGCGACGAUGCAACAAUCACAAUUGAUAUUCGCGCAAAUGACGAGACUACAAGACAGAAACUUUACAACGGUGUUCUGCGAAUUGUCAAAGCUGAAAGCGCAGCAUCUAAUGCAGUCGUCGAACCGACAAUUACUCCUACUCGAUCGUUUCCUGUAACCUAUAAUGAUGGGUCCGUUACUGAAAGAGUAGGCAAAGCUUUCCACGGCCAUUUUAGGCCUGGAGAUGAAAGUUACAUUGCAGAUUACCCUAGACUUAGUUUUAGUGAAGACUUUUGCAUCCUUGCGUCCGCUGUUGAACGUCCUUCUCUUUUAUUUGCCUAUGGCUGUACAACCCCCGAGAAAGUGGACCUGGCUCAAAAGGAAGGGACAUUGGCUGAGAGCAUACCAGGAAAUCACAGCUCCCUCUUCGCUCCACAAAUUUUUCCUACGAUGCAAGUAGGUAUAGAUGCAUAUGCUUUGAGCGCUUUAACGUGGCUAUCAGAAGAAGAAAAAGAUAAAUAAUAGCAGCCCAGGAAGUUCAAAGUGUGGGCUGCAAAAGGGACGCAUCUGAAUACCAUAUCGAUACCAUUUUGGCCUGCACAGGCGUAAAAGCUUAAAAUACUAGUCA